AUGGCGAACCCGCUAGAGGUGACGUCUCUGGGCCAUGUUCAGAGUAUCGUGAAGGGCUACGACGGGAUCUUCGAUCUGCCGGUGCGCAUCAUCUCCAUUGACAGCCUCCGCGACGUCGAGGAGAUCGUCGCCCUGCUGUAUGACAAGGUCAGCGAGGAAGGUGGCGCGUGGCGCAUAGAGGAAUUCCCCCUUCUCCAACGGCUGGACAAGCUCCAUGACUACGUCCGCAGCGCCAGCACCCUCCUCGACGAGAUCGACUCCGCGGUCGAGAACCAGGAUGAUGAUCCGACCACAGCUUCUCCGAAACACGGGAGUGCACACCCUGGAGCUCGACCUGUCCUCGCUCUCGGCCUGCAGCUUCCGCACCAGGCAACGCCCUCUCCCUCAGCGCGCAGUCUCGCUGGCGCACGAAAUCUGCGACCUCGCCGAGCUGCUGGUGGUCGAGCAGGAUCCGCGCGUGCUGCUGGGCCGCGUGCGCUCGCUCGGCCAGCGGGUGGGACGCUUCGUGCUGAAGAAGGUCCACAUCGCCAUGCCGCCGCCCCCAGCGCCCGUCGACGACUACGUCGCCCCUCGCGAGAUGCACCCCCUCAACUCUUUCAACUGCGUCACGGCAACGAGCUCGGUGUCCACGCCCGCCUCUUCUGCAUCGACGGCAUACGGAAUGCACGCAAGGUGUUUGAUCUUAUGCGGGGCAAAGUCCAGGACAGAGGAUGGCGCGUAUUCAACUUCCAACUGCUUCCACAGCUUGCCAUCCUGCAUGACAACCUCGAUCAAGCGCAGCUCGGAUGCGCAAACAUCGUCUCGUUGCUUGAGGACGGGAGAUCCAUCAAGCUCAUCAAGCGCCGCACCGGGGAGCGCCUCCACGCUAUCAGCUGCACCUUAAGAGAUCUUGACCUCGGUCCUCUCGCCACCUGCCGCUUCCGCCGAGACGGUGCCUGGCUUCCCGAGGCCGUGAACAUGCUUGUCCGUGGUGGUCUACUCAACCUCGCCAACGACCUUAACCGGGGAGUGUUUCGUCCUGAUCGUUACGACCUCGCGCAGACUGUCGCCCAAGACAUCGACCUCUUCCUCAACAUGCACCUCUACCUCGAUGCCAACCCGGGCCCCGGCUGA